UAUUCAGCAUCUACUGUUUGGCAGGAGCUGAGAAGCCAUGGCCUACCACAGCUUCCUGAUGGAGCCCAUCAGCUGCCACGCCUGGAACAAGGACCGCACGCAGAUUGCCAUCUGCCCCAACAACCAUGAGGUGCACAUCUAUGAGAAGAGUGGAGCCAAGUGGGCCAAGGUGCAUGAGCUCAAGGAGCACAACGGGCAGGUGACAGGCAUUGACUGGGCCCCUGAGAGUAACCGCAUUGUGACCUGCGGCACAGACCGCAAUGCGUAUGUGUGGACACUGAAGGGCCGCACGUGGAAGCCCACCCUUGUCAUCCUGCGGAUCAACCGGGCGGCUCGCUGUGUGCGCUGGGCCCCCAAUGAGAACAAGUUCGCUGUGGGCAGCGGCUCCCGUGUCAUCUCCAUCUGCUAUUUCGAACAGGAAAAUGACUGGUGGGUGUGCAAGCACAUCAAGAAGCCCAUUCGCUCCACCGUCCUCAGCCUGGACUGGCACCCCAACAACGUGCUCCUGGCCGCAGGCUCCUGCGACUUCAAGUGCCGGAUAUUCUCAGCCUACAUAAAGGAAGUGGAGGAGCGACCAGCACCCACCCCAUGGGGCUCCAAGAUGCCCUUCGGGGAGCUGAUGUUCGAGUCCAGCAGUAGCUGCGGCUGGGUGCACGGUGUCUGCUUUUCAGCCAGUGGCAGCCGCGUGGCCUGGGUCAGCCAUGACAGCACGGUGUGCCUGGCUGAUGCUGACAAGAAGAUGGCAGUCACAACUCUGGCCUCUGAAACGCUGCCACUGCUGGCCGUGACCUUCAUCACAGAAAACAGUCUGGUGGCUGCGGGCCACGACUGCUUUCCGGUGCUUUUUACCUACGACGGCGCCGCGGGGACGCUGAGCUUCGGUGGGCGGCUGGACGUGCCCAAGCAAAACUCUCAGCGCGGUUUGACAGCCCGCGAGCGCUUCCAGAACCUCGACAAGAAGGCGAGCUCCGAGGGCGUGGCUGGCGGGACGGGCCUAGACUCGCUGCACAAGAACAGCGUCAGCCAGAUCUCAGUGCUCAGCGGGGGUAAGGCCAAGUGCUCGCAGUUCUGCACUACCGGCAUGGACGGUGGCAUGAGCAUCUGGGAUGUGAAGAGCUUGGAAUCAGCCUUGAAGGACCUCAAGAUCAAAUGACCUGUGAGGAGAAUGUUGGCCUCAUCCCAGCUGCUAGGGGAGGGGUCAGGGAAGCUAAGGCUCGCUUUGCUGAAUAUUUCUAGAGCACCCACAGGGGAAAGGGAGGGGAGGGGGUUGGAAGCUUUUCUUACCUAUUUGAAGGAACACGUGCCUUUUUCUUAAACAAAUACUUUCAUUUAUUGUAAAAAAAAAAAAAAAUGUCCCCAAAGCACUCUGCUGGUCAUGAAUUGCUUCAAAACGUGGAGGUAAUAAAAAUACAAUAGUAGACAUGCUCGCCUGUGUUUGGAAGAGGUUAGUUCUUGCACAGACAUAGGUACCUUAUUUUUGCUUGCCAGCAAAAAUGAUCCUUAAAUCCAAGAGCCUUCCCCCAAAUGGUUCCUUCCCCACUGCAGUCCAGCCUAGGGGGAAGGUCUCUUUUUGUCAUUCAGCAGAUUCCUAGACAAGUGAUUGCUCAUUCCAGGCUGAUUUUGGGGUUUAAUGUAAAUUCAAUUAUUCUGUUUGAUGUUUUGCAGUUGGUUUCUGGUAAAUGCUCAUUAUUUUUUAA